UACACCCAGUUCUGUAAACAAACCUUUGUGUAAAGCCAAAUAUACAUAGAAUGCAUGCAAAUAAACAAUCAUCAUCGCAGCGUUAAUGCAGCUUCAAAACAUUCUCAUAGGGAACCGUGUGACAUCCUGGUGGGUAUUGUUGUGAAAGGUCAACUGACAGACGGCGGAUCUGCGGAGUGCACAUCGUCUCCACAGCGCGCUUCUGUCGGACACAGACGGAGCGAGCACAGAAGCUGCUGCUGCGUUCAGAAAAUGGCCGACAGAUUUUCUAGGUUCAACGAAGAGCGUGAUUUCCAGGGUGGGAAUCACUUUGACCAGUAUGAAGAGGGCCAGUUGGAGCUGGAGCAGGCGUCCCUGGACAAGCCCAUCGAAUCGCGAAUUGGCCCCUAUUAGCUAAGCAGCAAUGACCCGCCCAGUAUUUUAAAGCCAGGAUAACAUCGGGCACCGGCUGCUCCAGAAACAUGGCUGGAAGUUGGGGCAAGGCCUUGGCAAAACUAUGCAGGCGAUUUGAUCCUGCCCAUGUUGUGCUGAUGGUAAACUUAGUGGACGCACCGACCCUGUGCCCAUCAUCCUCAAGUAUGAUGUCAUGGGGAUGGGACGGAUGGAGAUGGAGCUGGACUAUGCAGAGGAUGCCACAGAGAAGAGAAGAGUGCUCGAAGUGGAGAAAGAGGACACAGAGGAACUGCGGCAAAAAUACAAGGACCAGAUGGAAAAGGAGAAAGCAAUUGCAAAGGCUCUGGAGGACCUGAGAGCCAAUUUCUACUGUGAGCUAUGUGACAAACAGUAUACCAAACACCAGGAGUUUGACAACCAUAUUAACUCUUAUGACCACGCUCACAAGCAGAGGCUUAAAGAGCUGAAGCAGAGAGAGUUUGCUCGCAAUGUGUCCUCACGUUCCCGGAAAGAUGGAAAGAAGCAGGAAAAGAUGCUGCGCAGAUUGCAUGAGCUGGCCGAGCAGAGGAAACAACAAGACCGUACUCCAGGAAGCGGGCCAAUGUUCAAACCCACCACAGUUGCAGUGGAUGGAGAGAAGGCAGAAGAAGGCGACAGCCUAACACCUGAAAACACCAUGAUGACAGACAGCACCCAGGAAGAUUCACCAGCAGAAAGAGCAGGACCAGGCUCCCCAAAACCAGGUCCGACCAUCAGCUUCUCUUUGGGGAAGAACCCCUCCUCCUCCUCCCCGACCGCUAGCAAUGCGUCCAAGGUCAGCGUGUCCUUUUCUUUCGCCAAGAAAGCCCCAGUAAAGCUUGAGACAGCAGCAGCAGUGUUUGCUGAUCACGGAGAGGAGGCUAUGGAGGAGGAGGAGGGCCAGGAGGGAGAGAAGGUUGGAGGGCAGGACGAGACAUCUGGCUGCAGCACAGACAGCCCUAAGGGAGGUGAUGGAGGAGGAGGUGGUGAAGUAGAAAGUGUUGUGGCAGUGACAGACGAAGCUCAGCAACCUGAUGACGGAGCCUCUCUAGCCUCCACUCUCAACAAACUGAAGAUGAUGAUGAAAAAAGAGGAAGGAUAUGCUGGACAGGAGCCUGAGUACUAUCACUAUAUACCUCCAGCCCACUGUCGGGUAAAGCCUCAUUUCCAAUUUCUGCUGUUUAUGAAGGCCACUGAUCAGUGUACAAGCAAAGAAGAGGAAGAGGAGGAAGGGGCGCAGGAGGAGAAAAAGGUUGAAAAUAGAACUGAACAGACGGAGCCUGACGUCACAGAGUGCAAGCCUGAGAAAGAACAAACUGUCACCUCCCCCCCUGACACAGAGACAACCCCUCCAUCGCCUAAAGUGAAGAUGGAGGAUGUCUCUACAUGUGCCGCUGACUCAGCUCCCGUGGUACCCACUUCACCCACGCAAAAAGUAGAGAGUGCACAGGAAACUCAAGACACAAACUCGGGUCCUAAAAUCCCCACAGGUCCCUUCUUCCCAGUUCUGAGCAAAGAUGAGAGCACGACCCUGCAGUGGCCCUCUGAGCUCCUCGAAUUUACAAAAGCUCAACCAUCUCUGUCUUACAGCUGUAACCCUCUCUAUUUUGACUUCAAGCUGUCCCGCAACAAAGGAGUGCGUGGAGGGAAAGCAACAAAGUCCCCGAAGCCCUGUGAAGAGUCUGACGAAAAGGGGCAAGAGGCAGCUGCCCCCACAGCUGAAGUAGACACAACUACCAAACCUGGGACCAGCACUGACAAAGACAAGUCAGUGAUGAAGGGAGAGACUGGUCAAACAGAAGGUGAUGAGCAAAAACUGGCUACUGGUAGCAGUAGUGCCAAGAAAAAAAAGAAAAAGAAGAAGCAUAAGAAGUCUUCGAAGCACUCAAAACGCAAAGGAAAAGAAAAGGGUGCAAAAGAGGAUGCAGAGGGAGAAACUGAGGCAACACAAGAGAAGCCUAAAAAGAAGAAAAAACACAAACGGAAGAAGAGCAAAAAUAAAGCUCCGGAUCAAGACGAGGCAACAGGUGAUGAGAAGGAAAAGGCAAAACCAAAGUCAGAAGAUAAAACCGUUGCUUCCUCUGUUCAGCUGACAACUUCUGGAGGAGGAGCGACAGGAAAUACAGGAGCAGAAUCAGGCAAGAGGAAGCGUGCUACGAAGGAAGUGCCUUGCAAGUCUGGAGCAGAGGAAGGAGGAACCGGAAAAGGGACUGACAAGACCAACUCGUCAGAGGAGCACAGCAGCACCAAGAGACAAAAGACUGACUCCAGUGCACCUCAAAGUGCCUCCUGCUCCACCUCAGCCCAGAAGAGUCCUGGUCCUGGUCGACCUCCCAGCAGUGAGAGCGAAGAUGAAGGAGGCACUAAGACUCAGCGGUCACGUCACCAUAGGUCAAGUCCUCGGGAGCAACGCCGACACCAUAGUGAAGAAUCAGGGCGGUCCUGCAGCCGUUCGUCGAGACGGGGGGAGAGACGGGGCAGCAGUCGUCGACGCCAUCGUGGCCAAAACUCCCGUAGUCACUCAUACUCCAGCAGCUCUGAGCGCUCAUCAGCAGGCAGCAGCGCCUACAGCCAUCGCAGCCACAGCUACUCAGACAGCUACAGUGACUACAGCACCGAGGGUCGCAGACGGAGGCGCAAACGUUCAUCAGACUCUGAAUAUGAGCGGAGAGGAAGCCGAGGUCGUAGACGAUCCAGGAGACAUCAGUACUCCUCGUCCUCCUCAGAAGACUCCCGCUCACGUUCACGCAGCUACAGUCGCAGGAAGAGGCACCGACGGCACCACAGGAGCAGCUCAAGAAGCUCUAGUAGCUGGAGCCGCAGCACCAGCGCCAGAUCCUGGAGGCGCAGCUACAGCCGCAGCCACAGCUCCGCCAGCCGCUCCUCCAGCUCCACCAAAGGCUCUCCUCGCCGGCGAGGUGCCAGGAGUCGAGCGGACAGUGACACGCGGCGCAGAGACUUUAACCGCUCCCGCAUCUAUCGCUCCCAGUCUCCACGUUCAUCUUCAUCACGAGGCCUUAACCGCAACUCACAUUCAUCCGGCUCGCAGGCUCUGAGACAAGGGAGCUCCCGAGAUGCAGGGGAACAGAAAAACAGCCUGACUGCACGCCAGCUGCUGGAGAAGGUUCAGUCUAAAAAGAGCUCUGAUGACUCUGCCACAGGAACAAAGUCUGGGCUUAAGAUUAAGGACCCACCACAGGGUUACUUUGGUCCCAAACUACCCCCGGCCCUGGGAAGCAAAGCCAUGCUGCCACUCUUUGGUAAGCUGCAGGCAGGAAAGAAACCAGUGAUCCCCCUAACGAGACCUGAUGAGGGAGAGAAAUCAGGAGCAGGGAAAGGCUCUGAGGCUGAGGCAGAGGUUAUCCUGGUAGAGCCUAUCAGGGAGUUCCCCCCUCCACCACCACCUCCAGCUCCACCAGUUCAGAAGGUGGAGGAGGCCCCACAGAGCACAGUGGUGCCAGAGGAGACUCAGCAGCCCGCCAUAGAAGCCCAGGUGCACCAAGAGUCCCGGCCUUUGUUUGAACAGGAGCCUUCUAUGAUGAUGCCCCAGUACCAAGCAGAAACAGGACAGGACCCAUCACAGAACCCCAUGAUGGAGUCCCUCAUGCCAGAAAUGCAGCAGCAGCCUCAGAUGCAUGCCUACCCUGCUUACCCACCACCCACCCUGGAGGAGGAGGGCAUGGAGGCGGAGGAGGAUGGACUGGCUCCUCUGGAGAGUCAGCCCAUCACGUUCACACCAGAGGAGAUGGAGAAAUACAGCAAACUACAGCAGGCUGCCCAGCAGCACAUCCAGCAGCAGCUUCUGGCCAAACAGGUGAAGACAUUUCCCUCUGCAGCUGCAGCGGCGGCUGCUGCUGCAGCUGCAGCCAACUUGGCCCCAGCUCCACCUCCUCCAGCACUGCAGCAGAUCCACAUUCAGCAGCCCACUGUGUCUGUAGCCUCCGGCACAUCCAUCACCACAGUGCAGCACGCCAUUCUGCAGCACCACGCUGCCACUGCUGCAGCCAUGGGCAUCCACCCAGCACAUGCACACCACCCACACCCUGCACAUGCCCAGUUGGCCCAGGUACACCACAUUCCCCAGCACCACCUUACCCCCAUCUCCCUGUCUCCUCUGGGCCACUCUCUCGGUCACUCUCUGGGACACUCGCUCGGACACGCUGGGCUGAUUCCUGCCCACCCGACAGCCUUCCUCUCUGGUCAGCCUAUACACAUCAUCCCAGCGUCUGCACUUCACCACACCCCCUUAGCCCUGCACCACGUACCACACGCAGCCCUUUACCCCACACUCUUUACACCUCGGCCGUCACAGGCUGCCGCAGCAGCGGCUCUCCAACUGCACCCACUGCUACACCCAAUUUUCUCAGGACAGGACCUCCAGCACCCACCUAACCACGGCUCUUGAGUGAUGAUACAAGUGGAGGAGUAAAGUCUCAGCACCCGACCACUGGAGGGAAGACUUAACCUGACCGGCUUGGUUUAGGGUUUCCAGAUGACGUCUUUGCAGGCAGCGAGACAGGAAGCUGUCAUUAAACCACCAUUUUACUGGCCUACACAGUGCAGUAAGUUGUAGCCACAAAGUGGUGCUGCCUGUGUGAGAGUCAAAUCUGACACUAACAUUUUGUUCUGGCUCAUGUGAGGUUUUUUUUUUUCUCUGUGUUUUGACCUGAAUUUUUAAAACAGGGUGUAGAUUUACAGACUUCCUCAAGACAUUGGUUUAUAUUCCACCGCCCAUUUGUUUUUGAACGAUGAGUCAAAGAAACCACUGGAGGUGUUUUUUUUGUUUUUCAACUUAAAAAUGUUAUUCUUCUCACGGUUUUUAUGUUUUGCUCAUUUUGGCAGCCAAAGAGACGUAAUGGCUGAAACUAAAAGCAGAAUCGUGUCUGGAAAAGAAAGUGGCAUCGCUCUUCGUUUCCGUAAAGUAACCUUCAGAGACAAACUGUUUGAUAAUUACUGAUACUCUUUAUGUUCUCAUAUGACUACUCACCCUCUAUUGGAUCUUUGGUCUCAUAUUUUGUAAUGCAGUACCUUGUACAUAUAUCAGUGUGUAAUGUGAAGAAUCCCACCAAUGAUGACCAUGUAAAAUUACAGCUGUGGUGUCCCAAAUCGGUAUGACAUUGUCACAUAGGAGCCCCCUCUGUUAGCGAGGGGAGAUGUGAUGUAGGGGUCUUUACACCCCAUUGCUCUGAGGCAAAGCUAAUGUUACCUGUGGUGAGGGUAUGCCUGAAUGAAUUGCACUGAAAUCUGUACAUCGAGAUGAUGCGCUUGCAUCAUGUAACAAUAAGAUUGUAGUAUACUGCAAUAAUUGUAUUUUUCUGUUUUUAAAUUAUUUUCCAAAAUGCUCUUCAUAAGGAGGGCUGUGUUUUUGCUUUUUGUGUAAUUUUGUAAAUAAAACUGCUGUAGAUUAACCUAUUAACAUUCUAGAGGUUUAAGACAGGCAUUGGAAAAACGCAGAACUACAAGGGUGGAAGGAAGGCGGAUACAUGUAUGUAUUUUAUCAAGGUUGUUUCUAAAUUCCCCGGCUGAGAUGGGCCGGGAUGGCAAAGGAAUAGUGAUCUGUCAAAUAGUAGCAACUCUGUAUUUUUUAAAAACUUACUGUUUCAGCAAAUAAAAUCUUGAGUUCA